CACUGGAGACUUGUAAUGCCAAAGUGUAUAACCACAUUGGUGGUUGUAUCACCAUGUGAAUCGAACUGCUUUCUUUUUGACUGGAAUAAUUUUUCUUGUACAAGUCAAUGAAUUAAUGACAAAACUGGAAGAGAAAAUGAACCGCGAGAAUCCAACCACUCCUCUUCUGAGAUCAGUUAAAAAACAACAGAGAUUAGAGCUUUGCACUUUGCAGCUGCACCUAACAGGCAAGAGCUCCUCCUCCUUUACCGGUUGUUGAAAGCAAAGCUCACUUACCCAAGAUGGCUGACCCUGUUAUCUCUCUUGUUAUUGAGAGAAUUGGUGAUCUGCUGAUUAAAAAAUCUGUUUUCCUGAAAGAUGUUCGACGACAAGUUGAAAGACUCAAAAAUGAUCUGGUCCGGAUGCGGUGUUUCCUGAAAGAUGCAGAUCAAAGGCAAGAUGAAGAUGAGAGGAUUCGCAACUGGGUUUCUGAAAUUAGAGCUGUGGCUUACGAUGCGGAGGAUAUCAUUGAGAUCUUUGCCAGCAAAAUUGAAAGCAUAAAGGAUAAGGGAUUGGCAUAUUAUCCCCGGCGGAUUGUGAGCCUCAACAAGAUCGGUAAAGAGAUUGAGUCCUUACAGAUAGGGCUCAAUGACAUAGCUGAUAGCCGCGAAAAGUAUGCUAUCAAAAAUCUUGGAGAGGGAAUGAGUUCACCCGGAAAAGAAUUUCGAAGGCUUCGCCGAACCUCUCCUUUCAGCGAGGACAAGGAUAUAGUGGGCUUCGAAGAGAUUACAAAAUCGCUCGUGGCAGAACUUUUGAAAGAGGACGAAAACCGCCGUGUGGUUUCAAUCGUUGGCAUGGGAGGUGCUGGUAAGACAACUCUAGCCAAAAAAGUUUAUAACCAUGCUGAUGUCAAGAAAAGAUUCAACUGCCGUGCUUGGGUCUGCGUCUCUUCAAGCUACGAUCACAAAGAGAUGCUGAGAUCAAUCAUAAAGCAAUUGAAUGCAAUGGAUAACAAGCUACUUGAAAUGCUGGAAAGGAUGGAAGAGGAAGACUUGGAACGAAGGCUCUAUCAAGAUCUACAAGACAAAUGUUAUCUUGUGGUAAUUGAUGAUGUAUGGGAGGAAGAAGCGUGGGAUUGUCUUGCUAGGGCCUUUCCUGAUGUUAAUACAUCAAGUAGACAGCUACUUACAAGUCGCAAAAGGGAUGUUGCCCAACACGCAGAUGCACUUAGCAAACCACAUGAGCUGAAAACUUUGGGGCAGGAAGAUAGCUGGCAGUUGUUCCUCAGAAAGGCCUUAGGCCAUGGGGAUAACGCUGGAUGUCCUCCGGAUUUGGAAGAAGUAGGCAGAGAGAUUGAAAGGAGAUGUGCUGGUCUGCCACUAGCCAUCACGGUUAUAGGUGGUCUGCUUCUGACAAAGAGAAGGUUGAAGAGUGAGUGGGAGAAAGUUCUCAACAGCUUCAACACAAACCUCUCAAGGAGCCAGAGUGGAGUAUCAGCAAUUCUGGAAUUAAGUUAUGCAGAUCUUCCUGCCAAUCUGAAAUUUUGCUUUUUGUAUUUGGGUUUGUUUCCCGAAGACUCCGUGAUUUCUGUGCGCAAGUUGAUCCAUAUGUGGGUUGCAGAGGGAAUAAUGCAGAAAAGAAGCGCAAAAAAAUUGGAGGAAACUGCAGCAUAUGAUGAUGUGGAACAACUUUGUAGCAAAAAUAUGGUCCAGGUGGCAGAAAUGACUGUUGAUGAGAGGAUUAAAAGCUGUAGAGUCCAUGAUUUAUUGCGAGAGCUUGCAAUAAAAAAGGCAGAGGAUGAAAAUUUUUUUCAGAUCCACGACACCAGAGAUGAUAAAAUAUCAGCCAAAUCCAGGUAUCUUGCUGUUCAUAUUCUCCCAGGGGAUAAAAAUUUUUUGGGUCUUCAACCCCUCCUCUCCGGUCUCUACUUUUUUUCAAUGUCCACGAUUACAGGGAAAACAUUAGUUUUGGCUUCAAAAGUUUAA